ACGAAAGCUUUUUUUCCUCUCUCUUUCAUUUCACGAGCCAAUCACAAAAAAAAUUCAUCUAGGGUUUGGUAUCUCUCUCAAUUGCUGUUGAGGGUGUGAUUGAGACGCUAAGAGAGGUUGGGUGGUCGACGAGUCCUCGUUCCUAGGGUUUGUGAUUUGUUCGGACUCUAAUGGUGAAGAAGCGAAAAUCCGAUGAAGCCACACGGAUCGAUGAAGUUGAUCAAACAAUGUAUGGAGCGUUUCGAGGCGCUGCUAAUUCGCUCUCUCAGCUCUAUACAUGCCAUGAACCAUCAAUGCGUCUCUUUCCUCGCUGGUAAACGUCGCGGCAUGGAUGAGCUUGAAUAUGAACCUGAGGAGACAUCGAUACCAAUCCCUGUGCAAGAGUUCCAUCAAACCCAACAAUUCGCACCACCAAACGUAAAUACUUCAGUAGCUCAUGGUCCUUCAAGUCACAUAGCACAACAUUAUGAUUGUAACAAAGAGAAAGUCUUGGUUCCACCAAAUGGUCUCUCAAGUCCUGUUCGAAGAACCUUUCAGGAAUUCAACUUGUGUGAGGCUAAAUCUGGUAACCAGAAUCCAAACUCUACAGGUGAGGAGUUAUCUUACUGAAAAUCUUGUUUCUUUUGGCAAAACUGAAAACAAAUCAUCCCAUUGUAAAGUCUCAAUUGUUCUGUGGUUAAAGUAUUGUCUCAUGUAAAUAUGUAAUACACAAAUCACUUCUUGAAACUUUGAGUGCUUUAAGGUUCCUCUAUCUUCA